AAGUUUAGAAAUUUUUUGCAGAGCCAGAGCCUGUCGUUGUAUAAUCAAUCCAAAAUAGUGCAACUGAAACGUAAUUUAUUUUCCAAUUAAACCAUGUUGAAGGCAAUAACAUGUGCAGGCAGAUUGUCGAAAGGACCCCUGUCUAGAACUGUGCCUGCCUUUUCAACAAGCAGCUCAAUAUGGACUAAAGAUAAAGAUCCUGUUGGCAUUAAGGAGGCUCCCAAGAUAGAAAAUGAAGCCGUGCUGGCGUUGCCUGAGGAGGCUCGGGAGAGAAGUGCUCUGGAAGCCAAGAUUGUAGUUCCCACGAAGGUGGAUCUAACACCAGUCUCAGGAGUACCAGAGGAGCAUAUCAGGACUCGUCGUGUUCGCAUCUACCAGCCAGCUAAAAAUGCUAUGCAAAGUGGCACAAGUAAUAUCCACCAUUGGGAGAUGGAAUUUGAUAACCGUCAGCGUUGGGAAAAUCCCCUCAUGGGGUGGACUUCCACUGGUGACCCAUUGUCCAACAUGAAGGUGCAAUUCACCUCACCCGAUGAAGCCAUAGAACAUUGUGAAAAAAAUGGCUGGUGCUGGUUUUUGGACGUGCCAAAGUCAGAAAGACCCUUACGGCCUAAGAGCUAUGGUAUCAACUUCUCAUGGAACCGCCGCACUAGAGUGUCGACCAAGUAGAUUGUUAGUAUAAAUUGUUGAUUUUAUUUAUAAUUUUAGAAAAUGAUUUCAGAUUUGAUUCCCAGAUUACAUUUUGGCAGUUGAA